AUGACUCUGAUUUAUCAUAUGGAAGCGCUCCUAGGAGAAAGAUUCUCGCUCGGUUCUAUUCCGACUGGGCAGGAACGCAUCGUCAUUCCUAUUACUGGAGGCACUUUCAAAGGCCCAAGAAUAUCUGGCAAAGUCCUCAAUCUCGGCGCAGACUGGCGCCUUACCGACGCGCAGGGUGCUUUCCGACCAGACGCCCGAUACAAUAUCCAGACCGAUGACGGAACCUUCAUAUACGUCCAGACGAUAGGACUCCCACCCGCUGCGGAUGGUGCCCCCACGAUGUUGCGAGGACAAUUCGAGACCGAUACAAACGGAACUGCUGCGUGGUUGAACGAUGUGGCUGCUGUAGGCGUCCUCAGAAGAAACGGAACGUCGAGUGUAAUAAUCGACAUGUGGCAGCAAUGGCAGAUCUUACCAGCCGAUCUAGUAGAGCUUCAAAUUGGCCAAGUCGAGCUUUUGCUGGCAAUGUACCCUGACGAGAUCACACUCGACGAGAACUCUCAGGGAAUACUGGAUAUCCUGCGCGAUACCGAUGAUGCUCGGUCUAGAUCUGCAGCCAAAUAUACGCCUGUCAUCCCAGUCAUUCUUGACCUGCCAGUGUCUACGCCCAACGAAGAGUCGUCGAGUUCAAGGACAUUGCGUCUGGAUAUCGGGGUACCGUUCGCGUUCGGCGGUAGUGAGCCGCCUUUAGACCCACCGCCGGUGAAGGUUCGGGUGCAGCAACCGCAAUGGAUGAACAAAGCCGCCACGUCGCGGUUGACGUCGGACAUCCCGGAAGAUGAAGACCUGCUCAGUAAAAUUGAGUACAUCAGAGAAGCUGCAGUUGAAUACCUGGUGGAAACCGAGACGACAGAACUGGGGCCGGAUCUUGCUACUGUGGACGCUGAACCGCUGGUAAGAGUUUGGUUCUAUUUCCCAUCGAUCAGCACACGCUCCAAGCGCGACGACUUCAUCAAGUUUGCUCCUUCUUACCAAUUGACCGGCUUUCUUUACGCUGGUAAGCCAGGUCUUCUGUGCGUCGAGGGCGGAUCACAAAAUAUCGAUGAUUACAUGAAGUACAUCAAAACGGAAAGCUGGGGCGACAUCCCGGCCCAUCACAAGAAAGUCAGCGAGCGACAUCGCGAGCAAUGUGAAAAGCGGGUCUUCCCGGACAUGACUGAAAUUACCGAUACAGUCGGUGAGCGACGCGGCCAAAGAGCGAAUAGAGGUGACAUGAAGGCAAUUGAGGAAUGGCUUGUGGAGAGGGGACUAGGCGAUGCUUUUACAAAGGUCCUAAUGUAG